CAGCAGAAGACGGAAGAGCUUGGUAUUUGAAUACAAGAUUGACAGUAGGUUGGUCUAUUCAUUGGUUAGUUUGGUUGUUUGGGCUCGAUAAAUACUAAAUUCGACUAUAUCACAACACAGGUAGCUGGAAUUAGCAUUGACAGUUUAUUCCCAAACAAUGGUCGUGAUGAUUCUGCGUGGAAGUUUUACUUUGGUGAUUUGAAGAAAUGUCAGCAUAUUUUUAUUCCAAUCCACAAUGACAAAAUAGAACACUGGUUGCUUUUUAUAGUACACAUCGGUGAUGGUAUUGUAGAAAUAUGUGACUCGAUGUUGGACAAACAUGGGUCGUCAACUGGAAGUGGUCUUGUGAAAAUGGUGAUGGAGAAGCUUGAUUACUUACUUGCUGACCAAAUAGCCGACAAAAUGGGGCCUUCUUUUUCAUUCACCCGUUUUCAGGUUCAGACAAAUGUUGGAGUUCUUCAACAAUCAAAUGGAUAUGACUGUGGCAUCCACGUCAUUAACCGGAUUGAGGGUCGUCACGAGGUCUAUUUCAAACACUCCGUUUUUAAUUCUGCGAAUGAGAGGAUUCGCAUUGCUCUUGGGCUGGUGACUUCUACGCACAACAAAAUUUGGGGCAAAGUUCAGCUUGGUUUCGAUGUGUGGAAGAAGACAAAGAACCAGGGAAUGAGGGGGGGAUUAAAUAGGAAGUUAUUUUAAGUGCAUUUACAGGGGAGUGUUUGACAGUUGUUAUUUUUUGGGACCGCCUGUAUAGGAUGGAAUUGGUUGCACAAGUACUUCAUCUUUUGGGACCGAUACCGGGCCAUUUUGCUCUUUCUCUACUUCAAAUUUUUACAAGUCGGUUGAAUAUUUCUUUCUAACACAUAACACAAUAUAUGGAUGGUGGACAGUCAUGUGAA